AUGCUGGGCAUGAUUAAGAACUCCCUGCUGAGCACGGUGGAGGCAUGGCCCUACCGGGUGCUCAGCAAGGGGGAGAAGGGCAGACUCUCCCUUGCCAUCUCCUUCCCCAGGAGCAAGGAGAGGGCGUGCGAGGGCGGGCGCUUCGCCGUGGUGGAGGUGGCAGGGAAGCCGUUUGACGAAGCCUCGAAGGAAGGGGUGCUCAAGCUCCUCAAGUAUGUCGGAGGAACCAAUGACCAGGGGAUUGGAAUGGGCAUGACUGCUCCUGUCUCCAUCACUGCUUUUCCUGCCGAAGAUGGCUCCUUACCGCAGAAAGUGAAGGUCUCCCUGCGGAUCCCAAACCAGUUUCAAGCCAACCCUCCUUGUCCUAGCGAUGAAAGCAUUAAGAUUGAAGAGAAACAGGGGAUGACCAUUUAUUCCACGCAGUUUGGUGGCUAUGCCAAAGAAGUGGAUUAUGUGAACUAUGCUGCCAAGCUGAAGUCUGCUCUGGGGAGUGAAGCUGCAUACCGCAAGGAUUUCUACUUCUGCAAUGGUUAUGACCCCCCUAUGAAGCCUUAUGGGCGACGCAAUGAGGUCUGGUUUGUGAAAGAGUGAGCACCUGGCUCCCAGUGGUGCUGGCUUGCACUGAUAACCUCCCCAUGCUAUGUCCCUGUCCUCUUCAAAAUAAACUAACAAUUUGGCAGAGGCAGAAGACCAUCCUUUCCUCCCUCCACACCUAUGCCUCAGUCUUUUAUGGACCAACCAUUUUAGAAGAACACCGCAGAGCCACCUGGUGAUCCUGCUCCUUCCUUCCGGACAAAGUCCUCAACGACACAGCCUCUCGUGAUCUCUCGGUGGUUUGCUUUUAUCUCCCUCAUGCUCCCAGAGUUCAAUGCUGAGACAGCCAAAAGUACUUAAUUAGCGAGA